UUCAUCAUAUCAGAAACAGGUUUCAAAUACGUACUAUGUCAAUAUGUGCAAGGCUAAGUCCUUUUACUCUCUAUGUUUAUCUGUCGCUUUCACAUGUAUAGUUUUCAAAAACUAUAAUGGAAUACAAAUGAUAAAAGACUCAGCAAAAGAAAACCACGCCUUUGGAAAUAUCAGUCAGUACAUCAAAAUAGGGAAUGGAAGACGUUUUGAAUUUGCUAAAAUCAUCAUCAUAGUAGCAUAUGGUAGAUCUGGAUCGACAUUUACGGGCUCAAUAUUUCGAGAAAUUACUGGUGCAUUUUACCUUUAUGAACCUAAUCGAGAUCUAACUUUACCAUUUACAAAGUAUAGAAACGACAAUGUCACGUUAAGUAAUUUCUAUCGGAAAUCUAGUUUGUUUAGUAUGACAAGACAAAUGGAAGACUUGCUAUAUGCAAUUAAUCUCUGGCUUCACUGUAAUUUAAGUUCAAUAUGUAUUCCAAUAUGUGUGGAAAAAAAGUCAACACCAAAUGCCAAUGGAUGCUGUGGGAAAAAUGGAACUUUUAAAGCUAGUCUACAAGCAGCAGAAAAUUACUGUAAAAAAGCACCUGUAAAAGUUAUGAAAUUUAUUAAAUUAAGGAUGAAAUAUUUAUUACGGUUUUUGCAUGUGUAUCCAAAUUUGAGAGUGGUUCAUCUUGUUAGAGAUCCGAGGGGAAUUUUUAAUUCAAGAUGGGUUAAACAAAAACACUCACAUUGGAAACUGAUAGUACAGAGUCAUUGCAGAACAUUAAUAGAAGAUCUAACAUACUCUAAACAGAUUCUUGUACAAUAUCCAAAUAGGCUGUUCAUUGUUAGCUAUGAGAAUCUGGCAAAUGAACCAAUACGAACAGCACAAGAAAUGUUUCAAUUUGCAAGCUUAGAGUUUUCAAACAACAUCAAAAUGUUUUUGGAAAACCAAACACUAUCCAACCGAGAUACUUGUAGACAUUGCACGCAGAGGAAAAAUUCUAGUGCAACUGCAGUAAAAUGGCGAACAAAGCUUGACUCAUAUACAGCACAGUUUAUACAAAGCGCUUGCAGUAUAAGCAAUAAAGUUUUAGGCUAUCUUCCAUUAUCUGGCAAAAGUGAAAUGAACAACUUUUCCAUUCCGUCAAGAAAGUUAGUAGAUAUACAAAAGGAACUAGUAUCUAACAAAAACUUGUAAUAAGCAAGUUAGAAAUUUUGUUAAGGAAGUGAAGAAAUGUUAAAAAGUAGUCAAUAUAAAUAAUAAAAGUGGUUUAAGGUUAUACUAAGGGUUUAGACCACAGCUUACUUGACGGAAUAAAUUACAUGUAUUGCAGU